AUGCAGCCAUUCAAGCCACCAUCGCUGGUGCGCCGACCGAGUGGUACCUCCUCACAGCCGCCAGCAAGAUCCGAGCCGCCACUGAAGAAACGGAGACUCUCCACAGAGACCGGACGCGAUGAUCCUGAGGUUGUAUCCGCGGCAGCGAAGGUGUUGCAGCAGCCUAAUCCUUCGAAAUUGAAGUCUUUUCAGACACCAUAUGCGGCAAGAAAGCCACUGCAGAAUGUGGCAAAUCCGGCACCCGCUGCUCCCCAAGAACCUCCGCAGAGCCAGAGCGAAGGGGCCGAUAGCUACUAUACAGUUCUAUGGCGCAAGAUUACAAUGAAAAAGAACAAGACGUGGGAGGGUGACGGCGUACUUUCUGUAAGCGGCGGCUACGCGCGCCUGCAAGACGUAUCUGGCCGAGAGCUGGGCAAGUCAACUUGCAAAGGCCCCCUACUCCCCGGAAGUGAGCUGUCUGUCGGCGGAAAAGAAAUCGAAAUCGAUUCCAUCAUCUGGAAAGAGGACUUCCUUGCCGGUCGGCCAUUUCUAGGAAACUACAAGCAGAAUCAGCCCAGCAGCCUCAAUGACAUUGAUGGGACUGACAAGGUCACCGCGAAGGCUCAAGCUAAGCAUGACAAAAUCGCUGCAAAGCAGAAGGACCGCUUCGUGGCGAGCUCGUCACAGGCAAGCAAGGCUGGCUUCAAAGCUCCAUUGCUGAGAAACACCGUCCAGCAGCCCGCCAAAGACCGGAAAGUUCCCGUUGGACGCCACAAUCCUGAUGCCGAAGGUGCACUUGUCAUGAAACGGCCAAAGAGCGUGCCGAAGGGCAGGCAGAUCGUGGAUGUUGUUGUUGAUCCCUUGCUGACACGCGAGCUUCGUGAGCAUCAACGUGCUGGCGUGGCCUUCAUGUAUGAAUGCGUGAUGGGCAUGAAAGCCUACGAAGGUGAUGGUGCGAUCUUAGCAGAUGAGAUGGGAUUGGGCAAGACAUUACAGACAAUCGCACUCCUGUGGACAUUGCUCAAGCAGAGCCCGAUCUACGAAGACCAGCCUGUCAUCAAGAAGGCAUUGAUCGUCUGUCCAGUGACCCUGAUCCAGAACUGGCGGAAAGAGUUCAAGAAAUGGCUCGGCAGUGACAGGAUUGGAGUCUUCGUUGUGGGAGACAAGAAGGUCAAGCUGACGGAUUUCACGAUGGGCAAGGCAUACAGUGUCAUGAUCAUUGGCUACGAGAAGCUUCGGAUGGUGCAAGAGGACCUACAGAAAGGCUCUGGUAUCGACAUCGUCAUUUGCGACGAAGGACAUCGCUUGAAGACUGCACAGAACAAAGCUGCGCAGGCGAUCAGGUCUCUCAAUACCAGUCGAAGAAUCGUCCUGAGCGGUACUCCUCUGCAGAACGACCUGACAGAGUUCUACACGAUGGUAGACUUUGUCAAUCCUGGACUUCUUGGGAAGUACAAUACCUUCAAGAAGGAGUUCGAGACCCCGAUCUUGAAGACCUCGCAGCCCCAAGCCUCGAAGAAAGAUCUGGAGAAAGGCGAGGCCCGAAGCGAAGAGCUGGCCAAUCUCACUGGGAUGUUCAUCCUUCGCCGUACAGCAGAGAUUCUGGCGAAGUACCUACCUCCAAAGACGAUCUACGUGGUGUUUUGCAAGCCAACGAACGCUCAGCUGUCAGUCUACCGCUCUAUCGUCGGCUCACCGACCUUCAAUGCUGCACUUGGCUCUUCAGCUGUCUCGCUGGAGCUGAUCAACAUCCUCAAGAAGGUCUGCAACAGCCCAAAGCUGUUGUUGAAAAAGGCAGAUGAGAGUGCUGUUCCGAAGAAGGCAGAUGAGAGUGGGAGCAGCACUCUACAAAAUGUACUUCACGCAAUACCACAAUCUUUGCUUCGAUCUCCUGGCGCCAGUGGAAAGCUCCAGGUCUUGGACACACUCCUGCAUCGCAUCCGUACGACUACCCAGGAGAAGGUCGUCAUUGUUAGCAACUACACCUCCACCAUGGACAUUAUUGCCAACCUCCUCAACUCCCUUGACUACCCUUAUCUUCGCCUCGACGGCACCACGGCGCAGAACAAGCGGCAAGAACUCGUCGACAAGUUCAACAGAUCGUCAGCGAACAACUGGUUCGUCUUCCUCCUAUCGGCCAAAGCAGGCGGCGUGGGCUUGAAUCUGAUUGGAGCAUCCCGCAUGGUAUUGUAUGAUCUUGACUGGAACCCAGCCACCGAUGACCAAGCAAUGGCUCGUAUCCACCGCGAUGGGCAGAAGCGACGUUGCUACAUCUACCGGCUUGUCACUCAGGGAGCGCUUGAUGAGAAAAUAUUCCAGCGGCAGGUUAGCAAGGCUGGUUUGGCUGACAGUAUCGUCGACGGCAAGAGUCAGGUCGGAGGCUUCACGAGAGAAGAGCUGCGCGAUCUGUUCACCCUCGACGAAUCUGACGAUUGCCAAACCCACAAGCUCCUCGCAUGUGACUGCGGCGGAAAAGGCAUCCCGCUCGGCGACAUCGAGUCCGAGAGCGAGAGCCCACGCAACGACCUAGCUGCACUCAGCGCCAGCGACAGCGAAGUCACCCGCGACGAGAACGGCACAGAAGUCCUCCGCCUAGACGAUGACGGCGACCCUCCCGUGGCUCCGAAGGCGAAGAAGUGGAAGAGUGCCAAUGACUACGACUGGCGGGCCGAAGAAGCAGAAGUCCAGCGCAAGGCCAAAGACUACCGCGACUCGACGGGCAAGGCGAAGAUGAAGAAGCUCAUGGAGUAUGCGCAUUUCGAUGCUGCGCUUGUGGACAGCUACUACGCUAUGGAUGACCGGGCCGCAGAGAAUAUGGUUGAUGGCGAGGAGUCUGACGCGGAGGGUUCGAAAGCAGAUCCGCUGGAGGGCAUCAUUGACGAUGCGGCGCUGAGGAGCGUUCUCAGAGAGGAGGGAAGGAGGGUUGGUUUUGUGUUUAGUAAGUUGAGCAGUGGAUAG